AUGUUACCGCCAUUCAACAUGUUUGUUCGCUCAUUGGGGUUAGAUGAUACUACUAAGACUUCAACGCUUCUGCCGUACGCCAAUUACCUGAAAGAUCUUGAUUACGUAUGGUUAAUAAAAUCGACGGAGAAAUAUAUUAUUGACCACCCGAAAUUACCCAAGUUUUUGGAAAAACUGACAACACAGAUCCUGGAGAAGUUGAAGGACGCGCCGGUCAAAUUAACAUCUUUGAGAAUUCCAUAUCAACAGAAUUGUUCACUGGAUAAUGCUAUCUACUUGUUGCUUCCCGCCGAAUUUUCAACACUUAUUUCUGGUAUAACAGAACUUGUAAUCGCAUCUGAGUCUCCAAAAUGCAAGUUUAUUAAAAAACUCUCCGAGACUUGUUAUUCUUGUACUAGUAUUGAGUUGACAUUAGGCUGCGGCAACUAUGUUGAAAUUGAAGAUGAAAUGGAAGCUUUGGAAUGCUAA